CCGGAAUCUCCGGGCCACUUGGCGUGGUUGGCGUGCCAAAGCCCGGUCCUUGCCUCGCGUGCGCGGGCCUGGUUCCGUCGCGGUCUCGCGCGCCUCGGUUUCCCAGCCUCAUGGCCGGGCUCACCCUAUUUGUGGGCCGCCUCCCGCCCUCGGCCCGCAGUGAGCAGCUGGAGGAGCUGUUCAGUCAGGUGGGGCCGGUGAAGCAGUGCUUCGUGGUGACUGAGAAAGGGAGUAAGGCAUGUCGAGGCUUUGGCUAUGUCACUUUUUCUAUGCUGGAAGAUGUUCAGAGGGCCCUCAAGGAGAUUACCACCUUCGAAGGCUGUAAGAUCAGCGUGACUAUUGCCAAGAAAAAACAGAGGAACAAGUCCACGGAAAAGGGGGAAAAUGAAACUUCAGAACCCCCAAAGAAGGAACUGAAGCCUAAAAAACCCAAAGUGGCAGACAAGAAAGCCAGAUUAAUUAUUCGGAACCUGAGCUUUAAGUGUUCAGAAGAUGACUUGAAGACAGUAUUUGCUCAAUAUGGAGCUGUCCUGGAAGUAAACAUCCCCCGGAAGCCAGAUGGAAAGAUGCGUGGUUUUGCUUUUGUCCAGUUCAAAAACCUUCUAGAAGCAGGAAAAGCUCUCAAAAGCAUGAACAUGAAAGAGAUAAAAGGGCGGACAGUAGCUGUGGAUUGGGCUGUGGCAAAGGAUAAAUAUAAAAAUACACAGUCUGCCUCUGCCCCAGGUGAGGAGAAGAGGCCUGAACCUAAACAUCAGGAAUUAGAUAAAGAGAAUGGCAGGGAAGAAGCGGAUGCCACAGAGGAGGAAGAAGAGGAAGAGGAGGAGGGGGAAGAGAAUAAAAAAUCAAGGGUGACCAAGACUGCACAGAUUCAAAAGAGAGCAGUCUGGAGGGCCGCAGCCGCAGAGGGCAGUGAGGAGGAGCUCUCUGACGGCGACAGCAUCCUGGAGGGAAGAGAGAGUAUCGAUGGCGGAGAGGAACCGGCUCAGAGUGAUACCAACAGUGAAGAGCAAGAGGAUGAAGAUGUGCAAGUCUCAAAGAAAAAGAAGAGGAAAUUACCCUCUGAUGUGAAUGAAGGGAAAACUGUUUUUAUCAGAAACCUGUCUUUUGACUCAGAGGAAGAAGAACUCGGGGAGCUCCUCCAGCAAUUUGGAGACCUUAAGUAUGUCCGUAUUGUCUUGCAUCCAGACACAGAGCAUUCUAAAGGUUGUGCAUUUGCCCAGUUCAUGACUCAAGAAGCAGCUCAGAAAUGCCUUGAAGCUGCUUCUCCAGAGACUGAGGGUGGUGGGCUUAAACUGGAUGGCCGGCAGCUCAGGGUCGACUUGGCAGUGACCCGUGAUGAGGCUGCAAAGCUGCAGACAAAGAAGGUGAAGAAGCCUACCGGGACCCGGAGCCUCUACCUGGCCCGAGAAGGCUUGAUUCGUGCUGGGACUAAGGCUGCGGAGGGUGUGAGUGCUGCUGAUAUGGCCAAAAGAGAAAGGUUUGAGCUGCUGAAGCAUCAGAAACUCAAGGACCAGAAUAUCUUUGUGUCCCAGACCAGGCUCUGCCUGCACAACCUCCCAAAGGGUGUGGACGACAAAAAGCUCAGAAAGCUGCUGCUGAAUGCCACCCGAGGGGAGAAGGGGGUGCGCCUCAAGGAGUGUAGGGUGAUGCGAGACCUCAAAGGAGUGUAUGGGAAAGUUAAGGGUCAGUCCCUGGGCUACGCCUUUGCGGAGUUCCGGGAGCACGAGCAUGCCCUGACAGCCCUGCGCCACAUCAACAACAAUCCAGAGAUUUUUGGGCCCCUGAAGAGACCGAUAGUGGAGUUCUCUUUGGAGGAUCGAAGAAAACUUAAAAUAAAGGAACUGAGGAUUCAGCGCAGCCUGCAAAAAGUGAAAUCCAAGCCUGCAAAUGGUGAGCCCCAGCAGGAACAACCAGUGCUUGGAAAAGACCAGCAACGGAAAGCAGCUCAAAACCACACACAGGAACAAAGCAAGGCCCCCCUGGAGCAGAAGGGGAAGCUGCAUUCGUCCUCGUGGACAGGGUUCCAGACCAAGGCUGAAGUGGAGCAGGUGGAGCUGCCUGAUGGAAAGAAGAGAAGAAAGGUCCUGGUGCUUCCCUCGCACCGAGGCCCCAAAAUUAGGCUGCGGGACAAAGGCAAAGUGAAGUCUCUCCCUCCCAAAAAGCCAAAGCCCCAGAUGACCCAGCAGAAGCCAGAGAAGCAGACAUUACCUUCCAAGCAGGCCCCUGGGAAGAAAGCUAAGGGAAAUAAGACCGAAAUCCGCUUCAAUCAGCUGGUCGAACAAUAUAAGCAGAAAUUACUGGGACCUUCUAAAGGAGUACCUCUUGCAAAGAGGAGCAAAUGGUUUGACAGCUGAUGGUGGCAGCAGACUGGAUAAGAAGCUGGAUUCUUGGUCAAGCUCCCAGGUCUCCCUCCACCCCCUACUGUUAUUCUCUGAGGGAGGGACACCCCCCUUCCUCCCCAGGGCACUGCCACUUUGUGGGGAGGCCCCCUGGGCUGUGCACGUUUGAACUUUGGGCCCUCCCCAGUGCGUGAUUAGUGAACCACAGAGAGAAAUCUCAGAAAAACGUCAUGAUGCUUAUUGUGUAUUAUCCAAGUUAUUGUGUGAAUUGUAUCUGUAAUUAUUGCCCAUUUAAUCCUUUGUUUCUCAAAUGGAAACAGUUGUAAAAAGGAUUCUUGAGGACUGAAUUUUUAAGAUGUAUAUUUUGUUAAGUGUCUCCUCUAAAUGAGCUCUUGUUUGGCUUUUUGAAUAACAAACUAUUUCUCAUUUCUAAUAGAU